AACAAAAUUGCAUAAGUGAUUGAAUGAUUUUUUUAGAUUGGUUAGUAAGGAACAAAGAAGUGGGAGAUAGGAAAAAUAUCAACUAACGUUGACUAAUUUUUCCGGAUUUACCCCUGAAAUCGAGAUUGCAAUGAGGAUUAAUACAGUACAGUACAGUUAACCUCAAAAUUCAUCCGAUCGUUCAUUGCUUCGGAAGUUCAAAAUUAUUGUUUUAACAAAUCUCAAAAUGAAGGUUUGGAUGUCCGAACACAUAUUUAAUCAUCCAUGGGAAACAGUGGCUUCAGCAGCGUGGAGAAAGUAUCCAAACCCUAUAACUCCAUCCGUACUUGGAACUGAUGUAAUUGAUAGAAAAGUUGUUAAUGGUGUUUUGCAUACGCAUCGACUUGUUUCGAGUCAGUGGGGAUUCCCACGAUGGACAAAGCCACUAUUAGGCGAUACCAAUAUUUGUUAUGCCAGUGAAAGGAGUGAAGUCGAUCCAGGUAACAGGCAAAUGGUGUUAAAGACAAAAAAUCUUACUUUCUAUAAUUAUAUUACGGUUGACGAAACUGUAACUUAUACACCACAUCCACAGGAUGAUAACAAGACACUUUUGACACAAGAAGCUGUCGUAAAAGUUUAUGGUGUUCCACUUACUCAUUACAUGGAAGAUCUUCUGGCAUCUAAUAUUUCCUUUAAUGCUGGAAAAGGUCGACAGGCAAUCGAAUGGGUGAUCGACAAAAUCGAUACCGAGGUCAAGGAUCUGGCUAACACUGCCGCAAAAACGACUGACGAGCUCUUCACCACGACACGCCGUCAAAUUGACGAUCUCACGACAAUAACGAAGCGGAGCAUGGACGAGAUCCAGAAUGCGGCCAAAAAGUCGUUCGAGGAGGUGCACAAUCUCACCACACCGCCCUCCUCUUCGUCAAUGCCAAAAUUAUAGCUAAGGUUCCGCACUAGUUUCAAUCUUUUCAAUUAAUCCUUGUGUAGAAGAGGAGUGGUUUGCGUGCACUACCAUCAAUGGCUUCAGCAAAAUUCUGGAAAAUUACUUUCUCGCCGGCGGACACAAUUUUCUCGAACCGAGAGGCCGUAACGAAUUGGGUCUCGGCUGUGUUUAAUGGCAAACGUCAAUUUUGUCCCCGAAUCGCCUUUCACAGAUGCCUAACUAUUUCAAGCCUGUUCGUUUUACUCAUCCGAACGAACGUUCGAAAUUUGCUAUUCGUGGAACCGAUUUUUUUCCUUUGCAAAAA